UUUACAGUCUUUACUUCCGUGAUCCGUCAAUCAGUCGUCUAUAAUCCUACAAUGGUCAUCAGUAUCUAGAAAAAAUAGGAACAAUCCAAACAAGUAGAGGAGAAUACAUCUGUAUAUGUUAAUUGAGAAUUAUCGUGAAUCAAAACUCAAGAAUAGAUCACGAAAGGAUCAGAAGAAGAGAAAGUAGCAACGCGUCAAAGGAGAAAACGUGUUUGUACGAAGCAGCGACAGCAACGAACUAGACAUUUACUCCUGAAUCGACGUUUCAUUCUCUGCGAUCAAAAAGAUGCCUAACAUAAAGCUACAAAGCUCUGAUGGCGAGGUAUUCGAAGUCGAUGUUGAAAUAGCAAAAUGUUCAGUCACCAUCAAGACUAUGUUGGAAGAUCUCGGUAUGGACGAAGAUGAGGAAGAAGUUGUACCAUUGCCAAAUGUAAAUUCUGCGAUACUAAGGAAGGUCAUACAAUGGGCUACAUAUCACAAGGAUGACCCACCACCACCAGAAGAUGAUGAAAACAAAGAGAAGCGUACUGAUGACAUUAGCUCUUGGGAUGCAGAUUUCUUGAAAGUGGAUCAAGGAACUCUCUUUGAAUUGAUUUUGGCAGCUAAUUAUCUCGAUAUAAAAGGUCUUUUGGAUGUUACAUGCAAAACUGUUGCUAAUAUGAUCAAAGGCAAGACACCUGAAGAGAUUCGCAAAACAUUCAAUAUCAAGAAUGACUUUACAGCUUCUGAAGAAGAACAAGUGCGCAAGGAGAAUGAAUGGUGCGAGGAGAAAUAAAUAGAAUUGCGAUUUUUUAAAGUCGCUGAUAACUUUUGAAUGUUAAAUAAUUCAUUGCGUUACUAGAUGUCGGACUUAAUCGGAGCUCCAUUAUUUUAAGAAAUUUUUGUGUGAAAAUUUUUUUGAAGACGGAUAAAAUCCUAAUUAAUUAUAGUCAAACUCACUGUAUGAACGUAUAUCACGUAGGUCCAUUGUUAUUUAUUUCAACUAAAUAAAGAUAGAAUGAUUGUGAA